AUGAAAGUCAUUGUCGCAGUAAAUGCGGGUUCCAGCUCGGUAAAGUUGUCAGCUUAUAUUGAACAAGAUGCGAAAGCGCCGACAGAAAUCAGCCGCGCCCAAGUUUCUGCGAUUGGGGGACAAGGAUCCGCCCGGCUCAAGUAUUCUAGGAAUGGGAAAACUGUCAAGGACGAAAAGGCCGAGAAAGCAGGCGAGUCACACGAUGCGGCUUUUCGAGCAAUGGUAGACCUGCUCGUCCAAGACUCGGAGCUGCCGCAAGUCCAAGAUCGAGACGAUGUUGGUCUAGUCUGCCACCGCAUCGUUCACGGCGGCGACUACAAGGACUGCCAGACCAUUACGGCGGAAACGUACGAGCAUCUGGAGGAACUGGUUGACCUGGCUCCAUUGCAUAAUGAAUGCGCCAUGGGGAUUAUCCGUUGCUGCUUCAAGCUGCUCCCCAAAAGCAGAAACGUGGCAUGCUUCGAUACGCAAUUCCACAAGACGAUACCAAAGCACAUUGCCAUGUACCCAAUCAAUCAAGAAGUGGCAUCCCGCAACGGGUUGCGCAAGUAUGGGUUUCACGGGCUUAGCUACGCGUACAUGACGAGACAGACGGCUCUCCAUCUGGGCAAGGACAUCAAGACGGUCAACAUGAUUGCGCUGCAUCUGGGCAGUGGAGCGAGUGCCUGCGCCAUCAAGAAUGGCUGUAGCUGGGAUACUAGCAUGGGCUUGACCCCUGUAUCCGGUCUUCCUGGCGCGACGCGAAGCGGAAGCAUUGAUCCCAGCCUCGUGUUUCACUAUACCAGCUCUGCAGCCAAGCUAUCAUCGUCGUCGACGGAAUACAUGCACAUUACCCGUGCCGAAGAGAUUCUCAACUCGGAGAGCGGCUGGCAGGCUCUGGCCGGGACCAAGGACUUUGGCGUCAUUGCAGAGUCGUCGUCAAAUGACGGCCGGUGCAGGCUGGCCUUUGACCUGCUUGUCGACCGCAUAUGUGCAUUUGUGGGUAGCUACUAUGUCUCACUGCGUGGUGGUGUGGACGCGCUCGUGUUUGCGGGCGGCAUUGGUGAGGGGAGCGCGCGGCUUCGCGGAGCAGUGGUGGAUGGGCUGGAGAGUCUGGGGUUUUUGCUGGAUCAAGACGCAAACGGUCGAGUAGGAGGAGGAGGAGAAGAUGAAGAAGAACCGUUAAAGAUUGUCGUGGAUAUUGGCAAAAGUAACGCGCGACACAAGGUACUGGUGUGUCGGGUUGAUGAGCAGGCUGAAAUGGCGAGGCUCUGUAGCCAGUCCUCGUCGUCACACAGCCUAUAG